AUGGCCCCUUCUAAGAAGUCUGCUGGCAAAGGUGUUGGCAAGAGAUUCGCUCCCGUCAAUAGAAAGGCUCCUGCUAAGCCUCGCAACUCGAAGAAGAUGACGAACAACCUCACCGCUGCAACAGCAUCUGCCGGUCCGACUCCUCAGUCUGAACCCGUCGAUGCCUCAGUGAGCACUCAAAUCCAGGCAGUAGAUACCCUUGCGAACACGCCAUCCCAACCUGCCUUUGUCACUUCAAAUACUCAGUCUCAGCCUACUCCAGUUCUUGUGAACAUCCAGCCACAGCCAGCUGCAUCGUCUGAAGACAUUCCAGCCCAGCCAGUUGCAGCUCCUGCAAAUGCCACGCCUAUCAACGCAAAUGGUCAUAGCCGGGCUUGGAACAAUGAGUUUAGACUCCAGAUGCUACUGACUCUUCUUGUGAAACUUGACCAAAGAGUCUCUGAACAAAUGUGGCACGAUGUCGCCCAUGAACUCGACGCCAUCCGCCCAGGGACGAGUUGGAACGCCGUGCGUCUUGAGUUCUCGAGAUUGAAGCGUGAGCAUUUUCAAGAGGCUGGUAAACAGACUUCCUCCGACCAGCAGGAGCAGGAGCAGUGA